AUGUCGAAUGGAGAUUAUUUAGUUGAUAAAAUUAAAGUUUAUUAUAAAAUAGUCACACCUGAGUUUCCAAAAUCAGCAUCUGAAUCAGCUUGUACACAUUCCUCUUAUGAUUCUCAAGGUUUGCAUUAUGAGGACCGGGAUUCUUCAAAUUCUGAUUUUAUGUGUACACUGGUUGAUUGUAAAAAUUCUCUUUCUGUUUAUGACGUUUUGGUUAAUCUUAGCCAUGUCUUAUGUCACUCUGAAUCAGUUAUGUUCACCAAGGUUCUUGUUCCAUUGGAUUCCUUAUUCCCUUAUCCUGUCAAUUUGGACUCUUUGAUGAAAGAAUCUAACGUGACUCGUAGUAAUUAUUCCAAAAGUUACCUAGGACGGUCUGGUACGAGGCCAAACAUAUUCGAUGAACAUAAUAACGAAGUAAAUCGCAACAACCCGAGUGUGGAAUCAACUACAAGGGGCUUUAACAUUUCAAACAUUUCCAAAAAUUUUAAAAUUGACACUCUGAUGUCUAGAUUUAGUUCACUUAGGAGUGCAGAAGAAAGGAAACACACUCAUUUGGUAUGGGUUUAUGCCAAUUUAGAUGAACCCAUUCGCGUUAUUGACAAUAAAAUAUACAUAAAGGUCUAUUUAUCUAAUAAAUCGUACAAGCGUUCAAAUGAUACUUACACAAACAUAGCUGAUUUUAUCAGUACAACCACUAAAUAUGAUAGUGUCAUUGAUACAUCAUUCGCCGCUCCUAUAACUGAAGCUAAAACUAAAGUUGCAAUCGAUGAGCCAUUAUUACCUUCAGACAGGGAUGAGAUUAAUGAAAUGAUUGACAAGUGGUCUCUUACUUCUGAUGGUAAAUUAAAGGACAUUCAGGAUGUUGGAUGGGAGCCCAUGCCACUCAGUUUGCUCGUUGGCGAUAAGGACUCGAUUAAAAAAUACUACAAGCUCUACUCACUUUUCAUCCGGAUAAAAUCGGCUCUAAAGGUCCUAGGAAUAGGUUUCUUUCAGAGCUCAUAA